GCGCAGCGAGGGACGUUUGCGUAAAGUAUUUUGCAGAUGACGUUCUUCUUCCUCGUGUCUGGAAAAACUGAGAGCACGUCCCACUGAAAACGGAUGCAGACGUAGUGAAUCUGAUCUUCUGUUUGGAUAAUAUUUUCUUCCCGCCUCUAAGGAAACCCCAUAUCACCUUAUACUAUCUGUGGAGGCCUAUUCCGUUAUUACAUAGGGACCUUAGACAUUUUUCCAACAUGAGUGGUCUGGUCAGAAAACUGGACCCGAGGAGGAUACAAUGGGGGUCAGCCUGGAACACUUUCACUUCGAGGAUUCUGCGGACCAAACCGGUGGAGUCCAUGUUGGAUUCGGCCAUGUCCGGCACAGGCGCCCAUGGGACCAAGCUGGCCAGGGUGCUGUCGACGGUGGACCUGGUGUCUCUGGGCGUGGGCAGCUGUGUGGGCACGGGCAUGUACGUGGUGUCCGGGCUGGUUGCCAAGGAGAUGGCCGGGCCCGGGGUCAUAGUGUCCUUUAUAAUCGCAGCUGUGGCCUCCAUACUGUCCGGUGUGUGUUAUGCAGAGUUUGGGGUCCGCGUGCCUAAGACCACCGGGUCAGCCUACACUUACAGUUACGUGACGGUGGGCGAGUGCGUGGCCUUCUUCAUCGGCUGGAACCUGAUUCUGGAGUAUCUGAUCGGCACGGCGGCGGGGGCGUCGGCGCUCAGCAGCAUGGCCGAUUCGCUCGCCAACCACAGCAUCAGCAACUUCAUGAUCUCACACGUGGGGGCGCUGCAAGGACUGGGUAAAGGUGAGCAGUCGUACCCAGACGUGAUUGCGCUCUUCAUCGCUCUCCUCGUCACCAUCAUCGUGGCUCUGGGGGUAAAGAACUCUGUGGGCUUUAACAAUGCUCUGAACGUCAUCAACCUCGUGGUGUGGAUCUUCAUGAUGAUCGCCGGCCUCUUCUUCGUCAACGGAGAGAACUGGGACGAGGGGCGCUUCCUGCCUUUUGGGUGGUCCGGGGUGAUGCAAGGAGCAGCCACCUGUUUUUAUGCUUUUAUUGGGUUUGACAUCAUCGCCACAACAGGAGAAGAAGCCAAGAGUCCCAACACGUCUAUCCCCUACGCCAUCACCGCAUCACUCAUCACCUGCCUCACCGCUUAUGUGUCUGUGUCUGUGAUCCUGACCCUGAUGGUGCCGUACAGCGAGAUCGACGCAGACGCCCCGCUCAUGGAGAUGUUUGCGCAGCACGGUUCUAUGUUUGCCAAAUACAUCGUAGCAGUGGGCUCCAUCGCCGGACUCACCGUGUCUCUGCUCGGCUCUCUGUUCCCCAUGCCCAGAGUUAUCUACGCCAUGGCCGGGGACGGGCUGCUCUUCAAGUUCCUGGCUAAUGUGUCUUCAUACACAGAGACCCCCGCUGUGGCUUGUGUGGUCUCUGGGUUCCUGGCCGCUCUGCUCUCUCUCCUGGUGAGCCUCAGAGACCUCAUAGAGAUGAUGUCCAUAGGAACGCUUCUGGCCUACACUCUCGUGAGCCUCUGUGUCCUGCUGUUGCGUUACCAACCCGAGAGUGACAUCCACGGCUUCGUCAACUUCCUGUCCGAAGAACAGAGCAAAAAACGCAAGGAGGGAGUUUUGGCCGAAUGUGAAAAAGACGCGUGCUCCCCGACCUCCGAAAUGGACGAGUACGGAGGCCCACCCACCAACACGUGCGGCGCCAAAAACCUCCCUUCCCUGGGUGACAACGAAAUGCUAAUCGGAAAACCGGAUAAAAACGCUUACAACGCCAGCCACCCCAACUAUGGCACAGUUGACAUGACGACAGGGAUCGAGUCGGAGGAGACGGAGACGGGGAUGGCCAGGAGGUUGAAGAAGCUGAUUGGUCCGCGGUACUACACUUUAAGGAUCAGGCUGGGUCUACCGGGGAAAAUGGACCGGCCGACUCCAAGCACCGGAAAGACUGUUACGAUCUGUGUGCUGCUGCUGUUUGUCUUCAUAUUCGCUUUCUGCUCCUUCAUCAUUUUUGGCUCCAGCAGUAUUGGCGAGGGAAGCUGGUGGGCGUUACUGCUUCUGACCUUCUUCAUUUUGGUCUUGGCCAUCCUAAUCAUCAUCAUCCUCCAGCAGCCGGAGAACCCCAAACGUCUGCCGUACAUGGCCCCCUGCGUGCCCUUCGUCCCCGCGUCGGCCAUGUUAGUCAACAUCUACCUCAUGCUCAAGCUCUCCGCCAUCACCUGGAUCCGCUUCUCCAUCUGGUGUCUCGUGGGGAUCCUCAUCUACUUUGGCUACGGCAUGUGGAACAGUACUCUAGAGAUCACAGCCCGGGAGAACGAAGCCCACGCCUCCACGUACCAGCGCUAUGACCAGGGCGUGGACGAGGGCUUCUGCGGCUUCGACGAUGACUUCUACCCCCCCACCACGGGAGACACAUGGGACGGCCAGCAGGGGGGGCCAGAGAGCCACACCAAACCCCAGAGUGAUGGGACAAAAGAUGGAGGCAGGACCAUAGCAAAUCAUGGACUCGCUGAAGAAGACCCCCUAGAUUUCUGAUUGGACUGUGUCUCUAUGAAUGUACUGCCUCGUCUGCUGCCUGUGGGAUCAUGGGGGGAGGGGAGGGGUGUGCGUGUGUGUGUAUGUGUGAGUGUGUGAGUGUGUGUGAAUGAUAGUGUAAGCAUGCAUGCAUGUGUGUUGUUCUUCAUGUGUUAACUGGCUAUGGAGGACCAAAAAUGACUCAAAUAAUUCAUUAAAAACAUGUAAAGCAAAACAUUAUGACCACAGGGGACAACAUUUUCAAUAUUAAAAAUGAUCUCUUUGUUCUGAGGAUUGGUAGGAUAUUGCAAAAGUGGCUAUGCAACCUGCCUGUCUCCAUGGAAAUGUUGCUUUGCCUGGAAUGUUCCAGAGCAUGGCAUUAAACUCAUAAGCAUUUGUAUAGCGGGUGUUUGUCAUGCUCAAAAUAACUUAGAUUUUACUGUGAGUGGAGUUGCCUGGAGAUGAACAAUGAUGCCAUACAUUCUAAGCAAUUUUGUAACUAUGGAGACAGGCAAGUGGCAUACCAUC